GUAGAUUUAUUUUUCUUUCUCUCUCUCUUUCACUGCCUGCAGGAUCAGCAGAUCUGUUUUCACUACCUCAAGGUACACAGCCCCAAACACUGCCCAUCCCCAGCUCCCCAUGCACAUCUUUCCUGUUGGAGAAACCAGGAGAGAGAUGAGCAUUUCUGUCCCAGUUCCGAACUCCCCAGAGAGAUUCUGAUGGGCCCAGCUUAGGUCAGGGGAUAGUCUUCACUCAAGAGUUCCUGAGAUAACAGAGACUGGAGUAGCAGGCAUUGCAGAACUGAUUUUAUAAAGGAAGAACGUGUACCAUAAAUAUUGCUAGUUAAAAGCAUGUAUACUGUUGAGUUCUACCUCCUCAGAAGUCUAAAAGGUUUCCUUCCUUUGAGGGUGAAGAAGCAGUAACAGGCGUCCUCCAUCAGGCCCCUCUCUGUGGGCACCUAGAACACUUCCCAUUGACGUCUGCUUCAAGGGGAGGUCACUAAAAGUGCCCCACAUGAUGCAGCAGACAUUUCGCUGGUCCCAGUGCCCUCCCCAAGACCUUCCAGAUGGUGAAGUGUUAAGAGUCUAAAAUGGAGUAAAUGAUCUGCAGAAAUUCAGUGGUGUCAGAGGAGCCAGUCCAAAGUCACUCGGCUCUAAACGCUGCGAUUCUAUUAUUUUAAUGAUGCCCAGGAACACAACGAGGCACGACAGACCCAGAGGCAAGUGUGCAGCUGCCAGGGGAGCAGCUGGAGGGACUGCGGGGGGCUGCUGGCCGGCCAGUUCCCAGUGGGAGGAGGGACGCGGUAGGCGCGGGAGGAGGAAGAGCGCAGUGCGAGGGCGGAGCCGCUGUGGCCUGCGCGAUGCAGUCUGUUGCGCUCAGCUUAUUAGCUUGGCACACGGAUAGAAAAAUGUACGUUUGAAUCUAUUUCUGGCUUUCAAAUGUGUGAAGAAAACACAUAACUUUAUUAUUUUAUUUUUGUAAAGUUAGAGACAGAUGCCCCUAAAGCAUAUGCAUUCUAUAAGAAAUUCCUAUUCUUUGGUGGCACAUCUUUGGAAGCAAAAAUCAAGGACAAAUAGGUCAUCUCUAAGUUUUCUGCAGGAAUAUUGGCAAUAAAAAGAAUAGAGUCAACACUGGUAACUAAUGGAGAUGAGGGAAACACAAUCUGGGAAGAUGUUAAGGUUUUUUUUUUUUUUUCCCUAAGAACUUUUAAAGGAAAAACAAUGAAGUAAGUGUUGAUGUAAUAUGAAUAUGUUAUUACUUGUUAAGUGCCAAAAAUACUGCAGAUAUAAAUAACCUUUUAAAAUGUAGUCAAGAAACAUUUGAACACUUAUAGAAAUUCCCUCACCAGAGGUGUUUGGAAAUCUUCAAAUCUUAAUAUCCUUUUGUGAAUGGUCAGAGUAAAUCAGAAAUGAAAGAAAUCUGGAAAAAUAAAAACACAUUAUCUGUGCAACAAAAGCAUUGCUAGAAGGGGUUGUUAUGAUAAAUAGAACUCCAACUGGAGUGCCAUAUAGUCAAAGAAAAGUCUUAUAAAGCAAAAUACUGCAAGAUUUAUUUAUUCAGAAACUGUUGUUGAGCACAUUCUAUGUGCCAGGCACAGUGCUAAGCUUGGGACAACACGGGAAAAUAAAAUGGACAUUGUCCCUGCAUGCAUGUCCCUCCCCAGGCUUCUGGUGUGUAGAGAAAGUACCAUAACUGCCAAAUAAGUAAAUAGUUGAAUGGGGCCUAAGAGAUCAGUGUGACAUAAAACAAGUGUAGAUGUUAAUCCAUUUCAAAAUACUCUUCACAGACUUUCAGUAUUCCUAUGAUUUUCUGGAAAUGAGACAGGAAAUCAAAUAAUAUUUUUUUGAAGAGCUGAGGUCCAAUUUUCAAUAUGUAAUCCAGUUCUUUUCAGGAAGUGUUAAUCAUGUGAUUCCUAUUAACAUUAAAAACAGUCAUCAUCCUGUAAUACUGACCAUCUGUUUCAGAUAUGGCACGCACACUUGGGAAACCCAGAAUAAUGGGAACUCAAAACUGUUAUUCAUUCGAGAGCUCAUCAGUCCAAGAAGAUGCCACCUUGGUCAGAUGUGGAUGAGGCAUGACUGGACCGACCCUGUGGGCUCGGCACCCACCUGUGCUAUAAACUGUUCAUGUGAAAACUGUGUGUCCCUGGGUUGUCUGACCUGCAGCUGUACCGCACUUUUAGUACAAUGCCUGCCACCCACAGGAGUGUUGUCACAAUUGAAGUGAAUGCUACAAAGCAUUGUGAGCAACUCAAAAGAAGGGUGCUGCUUAACUACCCAAAAUUACUAUACACCCACAGCCCUCGUGGACCCCUUGGGAAACUUGCCUUCAGCACCUGCCAUGGGCUGUUCAGAUGCCUCCACUCUGAACCCUGGAAGUGCCUCACAUGUCAGCACCUAUACCGAGGACUCUGGAUCAGCACACCAGAGCAGGGAUCAAGUCUUCCUCCCUGCAUUCCCGGUACAAGUUCGUAGGUGUAAAGCUUUGAAGGAAAAAGAUUUAAUUAGAACGUCUGAGUCAGACUGUUACUGCUACAAUCAAAAUUCCCAAGUGGAGUGGAAAUACAUAUGGUCAACUAUGCAGGUGAAAAUUACCAGUCCAGGCCUGUUCAGAAUUGUAUAUAUCGCAGAAAGACAUAAUUGCCAAUAUCCAGAAACCAUUCUAUCUUUUAUCAAAUGUGUGAUUCAUAACUUUUGGAUACCAGAGGAAUCUAACGAAAUAACCAUAAUCAUCAAUCCAUACAGGGAGACUGUGUGCUUCUCUGUGGAGCCUGUCAAGAAGAUAUUUAACUAUAUGAUACAUGUGAAUCGAAACAUCAUGGAUUUCAAACUCUUCCUUGUGUUUGUGGCAGGAGUUUUUCUUUUCUUUUACGCCAGGACUCUGAGUCAAAGCCCUACUUUCUAUUACUCCUCGGGAACUGUGCUAGGUGUUCUAAUGACAUUAGUCUUUGUCUUGCUGUUGGUGAAAAGAUUCAUUCCGAAGUAUAGCACCUUUUGGGCUCUAAUGGUUGGUUGUUGGUUUGCCUCAGUUUAUAUUGUAUGCCAGUUGAUGGAAGAUCUGAAGUGGCUGUGGUAUGAAAACAGGAUAUAUGUAUUAGGCUAUGUCUUGAUAGUUGGAUUUUUCAGCUUUGUUGUUUGUUACAAGCAUGGGCCCCUUGCAGACGACAGGAGCAGAAGUCUUCUGAUGUGGAUGCUGCGACUCCUCUCCCUGGUUCUGGUCUAUGCUGGUGUGGCCGUGCCUCAGUUUGCCUAUGCAGCCAUAAUCCUCCUCAUGUCCUCCUGGAGUCUGCACUACCCACUGAGAGCAUGCAGUUAUAUGAGGUGGAAAAUGAAGCAGUGGUUUACAUCAAAAGAGCUGGUGGUGAAGUAUCUUACGGAAGACGAGUACAGGGAGCAAGCUGAUGCUGAAACGAACAGCGCUCUGGAGGAGCUGCGCCGGGCCUGCCGAAAACCCGACUUUCCCUCAUGGCUGGUCGUCUCCAGACUCCACACUCCUAGCAAUACCAAUUGCCAUCAGGAGUCUUCGUAAGUAGUGAAGAGUGGUGGAUCAGGAUCUCAUCAGAGGCAGGCACCAAUCUGACUUAAUUCAGGGACUUGGUUAGGUAGGUGACAGAAAAGCUGGGAAGCCAGACCACUGUGAGAACCACAGGCAGCCUCUCCACGGCCUUGGGCAGAAGAAUAAAGAGAGGAGAGAAUGUUGUUGGAGCUCAGGGCCACCCACAGUGGGUGGGGCAUAGGUGAGAGGCAGCAGCUCACAGAGGUCUCUAGAGCUGAGGAGACAAGGCUGAGAGUCUGGGAAGCAGGACAGAGUACCCACGUGGAGAAAGCUACAGAGAGAGAGGGCUGUAGAGAUCUGUAGCUUCCCUAGAGUCUUCAGCUGAGUACUGACCAGCACAUGUACAUAAGUAAACUACAAGAGGCCAGAGAGAGGACUAGAGGGAACCAUCUCCAAAUCUUACACAAACAUGCUGCAUGAGCUGGAAAGAGAGAAAUAAAUGCCCUGCUUUCCCCCCAACCCCUGCCCCUCCUCCUUUCCUGUAAUCCUCCCCUUACCUAUGCCUCUCAUUAGCCUGGUGGUUCUCAACCUUGGCUGCACAAACUAGAAUCAACUAGGAAGCUGUAAAAACGUUGAAUGCCUCGGUACACCCCUAGAAAGACUGAUGUAAUUGGUCUGGGUGCAACCUGGGCAUUAGGAGCUUUAAAAGCUCUCUUGGUGAGUUGAGAACCAAUACAUUAGCCGAACCCAGGUAGAAGACAUGAGAACAGACCCUGGAAAACAUAGCCUACAGAAAUCAGCACCCUUUCAUACGGGGCAAGGAGAGGAUCUGAGAGUCUGUGGGCCUAAGAUCAGCAAAGAUGGCACAAAGAGAUGGGUAGAAAUAAGAUGAUGAGAAGAAGGAGAAAAGAAAGUAGGCAUGAUCUUCCUUAAACCCUUCAGUGGCCAGCUCACAUUGAACACCCGGCUGCAGAGUUUCUUCCCUCUUAUAAUACUUACUGCUAUUCCUCCAGUGACCAGACUAUCAUGUGCUACUUCCCAUGUGUCCUUGGCUGUGCUGAAGCCAGCAUCUUGCUAUCUGUUCUGGUUCAUCCUGCAGCAUCCCAUCAGGAAACCCUGGUGUUCCUCCUCUUACUAGCUGCAUCAGGUAUUUUCUUCUUUCCCAAACUGACUGGCUAGUUCAUUUGUAUAUUUUGCUAAUAUUAAGUAGUAACUGAUGGCUAAUAAUAGGUAAUGUAACCCCCUCGGAUAAUAUUUGCAUGGUAAAACAGAUCUUGAGUGUAAGAAUUUCAGGGCAAAGUCACAGAUUGAUUGAAUAGAUUUUUCUGUGUCCCUUAAAAUGUAAAUAAAUUUAAAUCAAAUAAUACAGGGGAUGGCCUAACAUUGGAAAGUAAUGAUUUACAAAUUUACAAAUGAUUUACUGCAAUGUAUUUUGAUUAUAAUCCUACUCAUAGCUGCUAAAAUGUUAAGCAAUGUGAAGAUACCUUAAGAUACAUUUAUAUCCUGUUAAUCAUUUAUAGCCCAAAAAUAUACUUGCUGUAAAUUCCAAAGUCUUAUGAUUUUGAAUCAAAAGAAAUUUAUUUUUAAAAGUGGAAAUAUUUAGCAUUAUUAUCCUAUUUGCCUGAGAAAGUCACCUUCCAGAGAAGGACAAAAUCCAAGGUCAAAAUCAGAAAUCAGAUACUCUAUGUGUGUGUGUUUAGACUGACAGGUCAGUCCCUGAGAAACUGGUUGUAUAUUGUGAAACUGUUAAAAUACUGAGUUCAAAACUGGACAUGCUAUUUUUAAAAAACUAUUUUCUGGUAUGAAUCUUUCUAACUAUUACUCAAGAUGAAGAAUUUGUGAAUCUCCACAAAUAUAUGGUAGUGCCAACUCCUAAAAACAAACUUCCAACAGGACAACCACAAAGUACUGAAAUAAUAUACAUGCAUGCAUAAAGGCCAUGGGCAGAUCUACUUCUGUGAUCCUACAAGCAACACAUCAAGGCUCAUAAUUCAGAGAUCAUUUCUCUUCACCAACUACUUAAUGAAUGGUAUUCUUCCAGUGGAAAGUUUAAAUCCCCAAAUCACAACCAAUACCACCUGACUGAGCUCCCAAAAUUAUCACUAAAAGGAACAGAUCCAUUCUACCUAAGUAUGUGGACAUAUUCUCAUUUUAGCUAUCAGACUCUUUUAAAAGCACUUGAAAUAAUUAAUACAUUUUAAUGGACAGAAUGAAAAUUCAAAACAGGUAAAUGACCACAUACUGAUGGAAUUCCCACAGACUCUUGGGAGCAAUAUGACCAUAACAGCCAUCUUCUUCCAUCACAUUAUUAAACAAGAAAUGGAAGAUGCUUUUUGUCCGUAAAAACCAGAAAAUUAAGGUUAAGUGAACUGUAGGUUUUGAAAUGAUGAGUAACUAAUACUACACAGGAAACAAACACACAAGUCUAAGCUUACCAAAGGAGUAGUAAACCCACUAGGAUUUUAUCAUGAAAAUGCUGCAUAUGUCUCAGACAAAAGGCAAAGGUAGAAGAGAACCAUCUUUUCUUAGCAUGUGGAAAUAACCUAACAAUUCCUUUGAAAAUAGAACCUAUCUAUACACAUGCAACAACCUGCACGUUGUGCACAUGUACCCUAAAACUUAAAGUAUAAUAAAUAAACAAAUAAAACGUGAAAAAAAAAGAAAAUAGAACCUAAACACAUACUCUGUACUGAGUCAGUGUUCAACUCAUGCUAUUGACUUAUUAAAUAAUGAUGUCUAAUAACUCCACGCAUUGGUAAGACCUAACUGGGUACCUUUCUGGGAAUGAAUAACAGUGAUUUUAAAGACAUUAUUAACUGCAGUGAGAUUUGCUCAUCUGCCCAAGCUGAAGGGAGGCAUCUGAUUCAUCUCGGUCAAUUCAAACAGCUCAGAUAAUCUAAACAUGGUGUGGACAAAAUUAAAGGGCAUUCCGAGUCCUUAAUAUUAUGUGGGCUCUCUUUCGGAAUGGUCUUACAAAAUGUGCCUCAGGGGUUCUGUGGGUCCAGGAAAUAUCCACACAGUGCCUGACUUUGGUGGUGACAACAAAGGGAUCGAAGAUCUGAGAAAGGGAAGGAACAGGACACCACCUCCCGAAGCAAAACCAAACCAACAAGAAAAAAUACUCACAAUUGUUUAAAGAAAUGGUUGAUUCUAGGUUGAAACUUUAAAUUAGAAAAUAUUUUCUUCAGUUAACAGAAAGGAAAUAAAGGAUUGUCAAAUCUU